CGAAAAAACGUUCUACUUUGUAUUUUGGUCGGGUUUCGGAUCCUUCCAGCAACCAUUCUCAUUCAAAGUCACCACUUGUGCGAACGAUGGUACCGAAACCUGAAGAUCCCACAGUCAAGGCAGAGAAUAAUGCGGCGAUGGAUCAACUUAGUCUCCUCGACAAAGAUGAUAUAUCGUCGGCUUCUCGCUCGUGCCGAGAACUCUACGGACCUUACCCCAAAGCUAUUCCUGUGCCGUUCUUGAAUUCUCGUAACGAAGCUCGCGAAGGUGACACUCCCGCCGCCAGCGUCAUCGCGCAAGCCAAAACCAUCUUUGACGUACCGGCGGACUAUCGUGACGUGGGAACACCGGAUGAAUGGGUUCCCCGCGAUGGACGCCUCGUGCGUCUGACGGGUAAGCAUCCCUUCAACGUCGAACCACCGCUGGCGAUUCUGAAGCAGCAUCGAUUUAUUACGCCGUCCUCGUUGCAUUACGUACGCAACCACGGAGCGUGCCCGAAGCUGUCUUGGAAAGAACACACUGUUUGUGUGGGAGGAAAACUGGUACCGAAUGCCUUGGAGCUCUCGAUGGACGAAAUCGUAGCGAUGGAACCGCGAGAGCUGCCCGUCACGUUGGUCUGUGCCGGAAAUCGUCGGAAGGAACAAAACAUGAUCCGUCAAACAAUCGGCUUCAACUGGGGCCCGAGCGGCGUCUCAACCAGCGUUUGGAAGGGAGUGCUCCUACGCGAUUUGUUGCUCCGCGCAGGGGUUUCGGAAAAGAACAUGGCAGGGAAGCACGUCGAAUUUAUUGGUGUCGAAGACUUGCCGAACAAGGUGGGACCCGGGCCGUUCCAGGAGGAACCAUGGGGCAAACUUGUCAAGUACGGAACCAGUGUCCCGCUCGCUCGGGCUAUGAAUCCAGCGUACGACAUCCUCAUUGCCUAUGAGCAGAACGGCGAAGUCUUGCAGCCCGAUCACGGCUACCCCGUCCGUCUCAUCAUUCCUGGUUAUAUUGGAGGACGGAUGAUUAAAUGGCUUAAAUACAUCAACGUGAUUCCGCACGAAACCAAGAAUCACUAUCAUUACCACGACAAUCGCAUUUUACCGGGAGGUUGGUGGUACAAACCGGAGUACAUUUUCAAUGAACUCAACAUCAAUUCGGCCAUCGCUGCUCCUGAUCACAAUGAAACGCUUUCGAUCGCCAAGAAUAUUGCCAAGACGUAUGACGUUACGGGUUACGCAUAUACUGGUGGUGGUCGUCUCAUCACCAGGGUCGAAAUUUCAGUUGAUGGCGGUAUCCAUUGGGAACUUGCCAAACUUGAACGCAAGGAGCAGCCAACGGACUACGGAAUGUACUGGUGCUGGACUUGGUGGAACUACGAAGUAAAGGUGGCCGACUUGGUGGGAGCCAAGGAAAUUAUAUGCCGCGCCUGGGAUGAGUCCAACAACCCUCAGCCAGUUGUUCCAACAUGGAAUCUGAUGGGUAUGGGAAAUAAUCAAGCCUUUCGUGUCAAGGUACACAUGGACAAGACAGCUAGCGGCGAGCAUGUGUUUCGGUUUGAGCAUCCAACUCAGCCUGGUCAACAAACUGGUGGGUGGAUGACAAAGGUCGCCACCAAGCCUGAGUCGGCUGGGUUCGGACGGUUGCUGGAAGUGCAGGGUGAGUCCAAAGAAGACGCGGCCCCGGCUCCACCUCCGAAGGAAAAUACCAAAAUUUUCACGAUGGAAGAGAUUGAAAAGCACAACACUGAAGAAGACUGUUGGAUUGUGGUGAAGGAUCGUGUCUACGACUGUACCGAGUAUCUAGAGCUGCACCCUGGCGGCAUUGACUCGAUUGUUAUCAACGGCGGCGCAGAUUCCACGGAAGACUUUGUGGCAAUCCACUCUACCAAGGCUACAAAGAUGCUCGAGAAGUACUACAUUGGCCAGCUCGACAAAAGUAGUGUGGCCGAGGAGAAAAAACAAGAAGACGAACCUCUCGUCGAUGCCGAUGGCAAUGCUCUUGCCUUGAACCCAAAGAAGAAGACGCCAUUUCGUCUACAAAACAAAAUCACACUUAGUCGAGACAGCUACCUAUUGGAUUUUGCUUUGCCAAGCCCAAAGCAUGUUUUGGGGCUACCCACGGGAAAGCACAUGUUUAUUUCGGCCCUCAUUAAUGGAGAGAUGGUACUCCGCCGCUACACUCCUAUCUCAUCCAAUUACGACAUUGGAUGUGUAAAGUUUGUUGUCAAGGCAUACCGUCCGUGUGAACGCUUUCCAGACGGUGGCAAGAUGAGCCAAUACCUAGACCAGAUCAAUGUUGGCGACUAUGUUGAUAUGCGCGGACCAGUUGGGGAAUUUGAGUACUCGGCCAACGGCAGUUUUACAAUCGACGCCGAACCUUGUUUUGCCACCAGGUUCAACAUGCUUGCUGGGGGGACCGGCAUAACGCCCGUAAUGCAGAUUGCUGCGGAAAUUUUGCGAAACCCACAAGACCCUACACAAAUGUCCCUUAUUUUUGCAUGCCGCGAGGAAGGCGAUCUCUUGAUGCGAAGCACUUUGGACGAAUGGGCUGCUAACUUUCCUCACAAGUUCAAGAUUCACUACAUCCUAUCUGACAGCUGGUCUUCCGACUGGAAGUAUUCCACAGGAUUCGUAGACAAAGCGCUAUUUUCCGAGUACUUGUACGAAGCAGGCGAUGAUGUUUACAGCCUCAUGUGCGGCCCACCAAUUAUGUUAGAGAAAGGCUGCCGUCCAAACUUGGAGAGCCUUGGUCACAAAAAGGACAAAAUUUUUUCCUUUUAAAAGUUCUUGACUGAUUGUCAUAUCAAUUUUGCACUUUACAAUACAUUUUCAAUAGCAAUUUACUUUAAGACUAGCGCAAUUUUUUUCUU